UGAAAAUGGACCCCAAGAGGGCAAAAUCCUCGCCGGGAAAACGUUGCAACUACGACGCCGACCGACGUUUCCGGUGAGCAACGUCGUUUUUCCAUCUCCCGGUGGCCGUUUUUUGGCCGGCGCUGUUGUAACAGAGUGUUCACCUGGUUCUUCAGGACAAAUUCUCCAUUUCUGUUCAGGCUGAGGGAGACGGUAUGCAUUGAAAUGAACAAACAACGAAUUACAAGAUGAAGAUAGUUACUUACAACGUCAAUGGUCUUAGGCCACGCAUCGCACAGUAUGGUUCACUCCUUAAGUUGCUCGAUUCCUUCGAUGCCGACAUUAUCUGCUUUCAGGAAACGAAAUUAAGGAGGCAGGAAUUGCGAGCGGAUUUAAUCAUUGCUGAUGGUUAUGAAUCAUUCGUUUCAUGCACUCGUACCUCUGAGAAAGGUCGAACCGGCUACUCAGGGGUUGCUACGUUUUGCCGAGUUAAGUCAGCAUUUUCAAGUAAUGAAGUAGCCUUGCCAGUUCGGGCGGAGGAAGGCUUCACUGGACUUUUAGAAAGUUCGCACAAAGGAGAAGGCACAAUGCCUGCAGUUGCAGAAGGGCUUGAGGAAUUUUCGAAAGAGGAGCUCCUCAAAGUUGACAGAGAGGGGCGUUGUAUUGUCACAGAUCAUGGUCAUUUUGUUCUCUUCAAUAUUUAUGGACCUCGAGCUCAAAGUGAUGAUACAGAAAGGGUUCUAUUUAAGUCAAACUUUUACAAUAUACUACAGAAAAGAUGGGAGCACCUUCUGCGUCAAGGAAAAAGGAUAUUUGUUGUUGGUGAUCUCAAUAUUGCACCCACCUCUAUGGAUCAUUGUGAUGCAGGACCAGAUUUUGAGAAUAAUGAGUUUCGGAGAUGGCUGAGAUCUUUACUGGUGGGAUGUGGUGGUCAUUUCACUGACAUUUUCAGAGCGAAACAUCCCGAUCGAAACGAUGCAUAUACAUGCUGGCCUCAAAGUACAGGUGCCGAAGUAUUCAAUUAUGGGACAAGGAUUGACCAUAUUUUGUGUGCUGGACCAUGCUUACAUCCGGACAGCAACUUGCCAAGCCAUGAUAUUGUGAAUUGCCAUGUUCUGGAAUGUGACAUACUGUCACAGUAUAAACGCUGGAAAGAUGGAAAUUCAUUUAGGUGGAAAGGAGAGCAGACCGUUAAACUAGAAGGUUCUGAUCAUGCACCCGUUUAUGCAAGUCUACUGGAAAUCCCUGAUACCCCCCAACAUAGUGCUCCAUCUUUAUCUGCAAGAUACAAUCCCAAGAUUCACGGGCUUCAGCAAACGCUUGUAUCUAUGCUACUGAAAAAACAAGCUGCUGAAGGUUCAGCAACAUGCAAGAUAUCAAAUUCAUUUUCGAGUGGGAACGACGUCUUAGGGAAUUGUUCCCAGGGGCUCAAUGGAUCAUUUGAUAAUGGUGAUUUAUCAGGCCUUCUUCCUGGUGAAUCAUGUUCCUCGACAAACAUAGAAACUGAAGAUUCUCUAUUAAAAACAGAAGAGAGUUCCGGUGGAGGCUAUUCUGAGGAAGCUCCAUGCAACACCUUAAUUACGCACGAGUCUCUACAUACAAAAACAUUACCUGAGAAUGAAACUAGGAAAAGAGUAAGAAGGAGUUCCCAGAUGUCAUUAAAGUCGUUCUUCCAGACGAACUCGGUUAUUAGCAACGUUGCUGACAGCUCUAAUGCUAAUUCUACAAUUAACAAAGCAGAUACCUCCGAAUCUAAUCCUAUUGAAAUUCCUAGAUCAGAUACUCAUAUUACCGAUUCAGGGAAAUAUUUAGAAGAAAACCCGGAUCAGUCUCAUAUCAAUGCAUCUUCUGUAGAGAGAGAGAAGAGUGGCGUUGCCUUAUUGGAGUGGCGGAGGAUACAGCAGGUUAUGCAGAAUAGCAUACCUCUUUGCAAGCGCCAUAAGGAACCUUGUGUUGCUCGAGUAGUUAAGAAACAAGGUCCUAAUAAUGGCCGAAGAUUUUAUGUUUGUGCUCGUGCUGAGGGUCCCGCAUCGAAUCCUGAAGCAAAUUGUGGUUACUUUAAAUGGGCGGUUUCCAAAUCUCGGCAUAACUGAUGAUGGUAGUUGCUGAUUUCGUAAUACCAACUUGGCCAUAUUCAUUCCUUGUUAUGUAUCUCUUCAUGGAUGGCUGAGUCACUGACCGUCAGUUUUGUAAGUGUUCUCCUCUUCUUACCUGUUUAUAUGAAAUUCAAUUAUGUAGCUAGCUGGAAUCAGCUCCAUUCAGUAAUGCCUUGUGCACAUAAAAUUGUCAUUUCUUUUCCUUAAUGAUAAUAUGAAUUAGAAACCACUUUCUUUACCAAAACACACCCACAAAACCAACAUUUGCUUCAGGAAAUUAUGAUCCAACUGUCCUGGCUUUGCAAUGGCUUGUUAAAAAGCAGAAAUUAUGAUCCAACUUAUCUGCAAUUGGCAUAGUGACGAUUGUUUGCAAUAUGGAUCCUCCUAUGCUCUUUGAACAAAGUGGCUGGGUGGUUUGCUGGGAAAGCUAAAGAGGUAUGCUGGUUCAGUGUUCACCAUUACCUAAAGCUCUGACAUUUUUUUUUUAUUAUUAUUUGCUUGUGAACUUGCUACACUAAAUUAGGAGCCUUUGCAUGCAUAUUCUGUUGAGAACCUCAAUGAAGAGAUGAGCCAUAUAACAUUUCUCCUCCCCUUCUUCACACACUGAUUAAGAACCAUGAAUUCAGUAGAAGAUCUCCAUUUCGAUCAGACGUCAAUUGAACCUUUCUCCUUCCUCUAAACCUCCUACA